AUGGACAAUACUAAUUUGGUGGAGAAUGAUUUACAUUCACGUCAAAAAAUAGAUUUUGAAAGUGAAGAUGGGAUAUUGUCUUCAAAUGUUGAUAUAAAAUCUCUUCAUUCUAAAAUUGAUGAAGAGGCAAUACCAAAGAGUAAACGAACAAUUCAAAUGAGAGUAGGAGAUACUGGUGGUAUACUUGAAUAUCUUCAAAGUAUGCAAUUAGAAGACCCUGCUUUUGUUAGUGCCAUGCAAGCUGAUGAAGAUGACAUGAUAACCAAUAUCUUUUGGGCAGAUGGAAGAAUGAUGACAGAUUAUUUCUAUUUCGGUGAUGUUGUUUCCUUUGACACAACUUACGAAAAAAAUAACGAGUGUCGACCGUUCACAAUGUUUCUUGGGGUGAAUCAUCACAAGCAAACUAUUAUCUUUGGAGCUGCACUAUUAUACGAUGAAACUACUGAAACUUUUGCUUGGUUAUUUGACACUUUUGCUAAAACAAUGUUAGGAAAAAAGCCAAAGACUAUUCUUACUGACCAAGACGCAGCAAAGGAAAAACCUUUAGAGUCUUAA